AAUUAGCUCUUAGUAUAUUAGAUGGAUUUGUCAUGAGCAUUUCCCCCCAAUCGGACAUUUUUGAUAUUCAGUAUUUGGUAUUCCAAACUCGUGGAAAAUUUCCCUAACCAAAAUAGAAAGUAUUGAGGUAUUGAUUAUAAAGUAAUUUUUUUAGUAAAUAUGUUAGAACCUAACCAUAUAAGUAUUACCUUCCUCAAAGUUGCUCAAGUUCUCCUUUAAGUAUAUAAUUUUGUCCUAAUUGGGCGUUUCAGAAUUUACAAGAAAAUUCUCUUUGUUUAUGACUGAACUAUACCCCUUUCUUUAUGGUUUUGAAAUACUUUAAUACCUGUGAUCAAGGUGUCUUUAAAUAAUUGCUUUCAUCUGUGAAUGGCGAAAUUACUAGCAUAACAAGAUUGCUGUAAUAUUGGUCAGCUUCUGGAGUAGAUAGAUAUAGAAUUGUGUAAUCAGUUUGUCUCCCCAGCUGAGGAGAUAUUCCUUCUCUUCUCGUUUUAUAUUUAUUGAAUUAUUUUUUAACUCCAAAAAGAAAUACAUGCUUAUUGUUACUAAUUAAAUAGUGCAGGGUUAUUCAAAGAAAUCUUAAUUUUUCUUUCACUACCUCCCUAAGGAAGUUAACGUUCACUAUUCAGUAUAUUUUCAUACUUUUUUCUUUGUUUCUGCAGUAAACAUAAAUAGCUAUAUAUAGUGUCCCUUUUAAUAAAAAUGUGAUUGUGCAAUACACAUUAUUUUUAUUCUUUGAACACGUGUUCAGGGUUCUGGGCCGGGGUGGACGGUGGGUGGGAUGGAGGCGACCUUGGAGCAGCGCUUAGAAGAUACAAUGAAGAAUCCCUCCAUUGUUGGAGUCCCGUGCACAGAUUCACUUAAUCUGGGUUGCCAUGGGACCCUGUCAGAUGAGCAUGCUGGAGUGAUAUCUCUUCUAGCCCAACAAGCAGCUAAGCUAACCUCUGACCCCACUGAUACUCCUGUAGUGUGUCCAGCAUCCGAUAAUGGGAACAUUAUGAUCCAGAAGCGUGAUGGCUUCACAGUGGCAGUACACAAAAUGGCCUCUUGAUGGCUCGUAUCUGUUCUUCAGCAGCCUGUCAUAGGAACUCCAUCCUACCUUUGUUAAUUAUCUUGUAGAACUACUAAAGUUCCAGUAGUUAGGCCAUUCAUUUAAUGUGCAGUGGGCACUUUUCUAUUUACUUAAGAGUAAAUUUCUUUUUAACACUAUGGACUGACCUAUCAAGAUAUUAGUAAGAAAGGAUCAUGUUUUGAAGCAGUUGGUCCAGGUCACUUUGUGUAUAGAAUUUUGCUAUAUUCAAUAAAUCUGUUUGGAGGAAAAAAAAACAAGUGUUCAAUGAGUGCAUAUUAUUUGUUAAGCACUCUUUUAGGCAUUAGAGAUCUAGGUGUGAAUAAAAGUAAGGCUUCCCACCAAUUCAUUAUCAUCUUUCUCUCUUCAUGGUUGAAGACACAAAGAUACAAAUUAAGAAAUAAAUAAACCAAAAGAAUUAUCAUAUAGUAGGCAGUGCCUUGGAGAGAAUUAACGUGGGGAAUGUGACCUCUUUCCUGAGUUACAGAGAAGGCUACUUGUGUAGCCGAAACACAGGUUAUCAAGAAGGGGGUCUGGUAUAAAGAAGGUGAUUGAUUCCAAAGCUAGCUUUGGGGAAGGAGUACAGGCUUCCUGCUUUAAGGGUAACUGCUUCGCUUUUGGAGCAGAAACCUGGCACUUUUAAAAGGCAGAGGAGGAAAUGAGCAACUGGGAGAUCCAUGUGCUAGCUCCGGUGCCUUAUCUACUGGGCAGUCGAGCUGGUGACUGCUGGUGCCUUCUUGUGCAGGACUAGGCCAAAAACUCGCCAGGUGGGAGAGAGUUUCAUAUCUCUCGAGGCAGUCUCCUGGUUGGGGGGUGGGGGCCCAUAGAAAUCAGCUGUUAUUGAUCCAGGCAACCUCCUGGUGAGUGAGGGUUCCUUUCUGGAUCUCUCCCAAGCACAUAGUUAGAUGAACUUGCUCUCUAGGGAGCGUCUGGUGAAGGGGAGGUAAAAGGCUAU